AUGUCAGACAGUCAUUCAGUAAUGUUCAAUAUUCUUAAAAGAAAUAGAUUGACAUCUCCCAGCAGCAGUUUUAAAUGCUCCAAUUUUAAAGACAUGUGUUGCACUUCAGUAAUGCUGGACAGCAGCUGCAAUGAGUCAGUAAAAGAUCCUGAUGCAGAACCUAACAGAGUACUGAGUGUAACAAGUUUAUCAUUGCUGCAAGAGCAUCCCAAGCACAUUCAUCCGAAUGGUCUCUUUCCUGUUCCAUCAUCUGUUGAAAAUGAAACUAAUCGUGUUUCUGUAUUGGAAAGAAGAGAAGCAAAUAGAAGUGUAGAUUUUUUUGAAACCCCUAAAGUGGGUAGAAAAGGCUCCUUGCUACGCAGGAGGCUGCUUUUGUCUAAGUCUGUUCCAACAGGCACAACUGUAGGAUGCUGUGGAAGCCAAACUAGUUCUUCAGGCAACAGGAGGAGAAAAAUAUUUUCUUGUGUUCUGAGCUCUGAAGAAAAACUCUCAGAAACUGGUUCAGAUUCUCCAAAAGAUAGAAGUUACGAACUUCUAACAACUACCACUUGGAAAACUGAGGUCUCUAAUCCUGACUGCCCAAAACGGAGACUUUCCUAUUCACAACAAAGGACUUCUACGCUAGAUGAGUCCAAAUGUCAGGACCCUCUAUUGCUAGAACCAGAUUGUUUAUCUCCAAUUCGGUGUAAGGAUGUUAUUAGUAACGCUAAUGAAUUAAAUGAAAGUGUCCUUACGAGUCUUAGUGAUGGGUUGCUUAGGACUCCCACUUACAGUGUGUUACCUGAGGCCAAUGAGAGUAAGCUCCUGACUUCUAUCAACAGUCUGGUCGAGAACUUGAACUUUAACUUUGAAUUAUGUGAUGCAAACUCUUCCCCUGCUAAGUUGGCAAGUUACCCAGAUCUUUCCACACCUGAGGAUAGUGGAUAUAAUUCAAUGCAUUUGGACAAAUCCGGAGACGCAUUCUCUGAUCAUGAGGGAUCUUUCCAAGAGUUCUUCCCAAAGCGUAAAGAAAGUUCCAUAAUUCCAGAUAGUAAAAGAAAGACAAGAAAACUUGAGCGAGUUAGAAGGUUAUCCACUCUUCGGGAACAGGGCUCACAGUCAGAGACUGAAGAUCAUCCUGGCAGUCCUUCUAAUUCAGCAUGCAUGCUAAUAGAAGAAAGAAACUUUCUAAAUGAAGACCAUGCAUUAGUUUUAGAAGAACAGCCUAGUGGAGACUUAGUUGUAAGUCACGCAGAUCUCACAAGAACUCCAGCUCUGAUAGUAGUUCGUGAAAUUUGCUUGCAAAGGCAAAGAUCAGCCCAACAUCAAAUAUCAGAAAAUAUUGAUGGAACAGAAAUAUUUACCCUGGAACAUGUUCUUGCUGGACUUAUUGGCAAGAAAAUGGGCCUUGAAAAAAUAGAUAUUUUAACAGAGUUAAAAUACAGAAAUUUAAAACAUGUUCUUGCUAUAGUUUUAGAUGCUUUGACAGUGGAAAGUCUAUGCAGUAUUUGGAAAGUAAGCAAAAAUUGGCGUGAAAUCAUUGAACAAGAUAAAAGUGCAGAUAAGAGGAGAAAGUUGUACAUAAAACACCUGAAGGAAGCAUCUGAAGAACAUUUAUUGAAAGCUGAAGAUGCUGCCACAAGACUUAAUGUUCUGAAUAGAUCUGCUUUAAGGCCUGUUCAAGCUCAAGCCAGAACUCCUGUCGCACAAACACCACCUUCAUACACUGAAGUUACACCUAGGAGAUGCAGUUCUGUUCCCCAUUCAACUAGUAGACAGGAAGAAUACAUAAAAGUUGCUCAAACUCUGUUCACUGAUGAAGCUCUAAAACCCUGUCCAAGAUGUCAAUAUCCCGCUAAAUAUCAGCUGGUAAAGAAACGGGGACUAUGUAGCAGAGAGGCAUGUGCAUUUGAGUUCUGUAUUUUAUGUCUGCGUGGUUUCCAUGGGUCAAAAGAAUGUAAUAGUUUAUCUGCAAAGUGGAAGAACAAAAAAGAUGCUCCUCCAGGAAGUGCCCAAAGCAAAAGAAAUUUAAAAAGACUCUAA